AUGGACCAUAACCACAUUACCAAGAUUCCUUUCGGCAUCUUUUCUCGAGCUUCGAAUCUCGCCAAGUUGAAUAUGAAGAACAACCAACUGGCUGCUCUGCCACCUGUGGCAGCAAUGGUAAUGGUCAGUGAGUUGGUUAGCUUCAUGUGUUAUCAUAUGUGCACGGGAGGGGAAUGGAGUGGUGAUGAGAAUUGUUUUGCAGAUGUGAAGACCUGGACAAGUUUGGUGGAGCUCAAUUUGGGUACAAAUCAGUUAACAAAGCUGCCCGAGGACAUUGACCAUCUGGUGAACUUGGAGGUGCUCAUUCUGAGCAACAACAUGUUGAAACGGGUACCGCCCUCCAUACAGGAGUUGCGCAAGCUCAGGGUUCUCGAUUUGGAGGGGAAUCACUUGGACUGUUUGCCUACUGAAAUUGUCAGUCAUGGCGGGGGAUGGAGUCGGAAGUUGCAAGUCGGUGAUCAAGUUCAUGUUGUCAUCUACCGUGUGUCUGUGUCUACCUCAUCUACAGUGAACCAGAGACGAAGGGAGCAGCAUUUUGAUCAUGGUUUUGUAGUCGUAUAUCCCAUGCUUGAGGUGAAUUGUCUAUAUUACACGUUUCGACGCCGAUGUGAGGAGUGUAGGUAG